CAAACACCCUUUCUUAAGGCUCCAACCACCAACACUUAAGAGCAAGUCAGUCCAAAAGAUUUUAUAAACGAUCGUAGACAGAAAGUUCUCCAAAUUGUCACCACCCACCCAACACCAAACGUGUUCACUCUCUUCCAGGGCUCCAGGCCAUGGCUUUGGCGGGGAAAGGCUUCGUUCUGCUCAUGUUGAUGGUGGCGGUACAUAUAUCCAAUGCGGCUGUGUACAAGGUUGGGGACUCGGCAGGUUGGACCACCAUUGGUAAUAUUAACUACAAGCAGUGGGCCGCUACUAAGACCUUUCAAGUUGGUGAUAUUAUCCAUUUUGAGUACAACGCCCAAUUCCACAACGUGAUGAGAGUAACGCAUAAAAUGUACAGGGCUUGCAAUGUGUCAGCACCUUUGGCCACCUACACCACUGGGAAUGACACCAUCCAUAUCACUAGGCGCGGUCACCACUUCUUUUUCUGCGGCGUCCCCGGCCACUGCCAAGCUGGCCAGAAGGUCGACAUCAAUGUGCCUCGCAAUCUUUCAACUACUGCUUCAACUCCAUCAGCAUUGGUCUCUCCUCUAGUUCCUGCCGCUCGUAUUCCCACUCCUUCUCCGAGUAAGGCUGUUACGUUCAGUGCUUUGAAGGAUGGCUUUGGUUCGCUUGGGUUAAUGGCUAUGGCUGUGGUUGUUCUUUUGGUUUCUGACUCUGCUUAAUCAAGGGUUUCUUCUUAGUUAAACCCUUCUUUGUUUGUGGAAUUUAUGGGGAUUACGUUGUGUUGGAGCUUUUUUGGGAAUUAUUUAGGGCAUAGCGGUGGAGGAUAUUCAUUGGCUAGGUAUAUCAUAUAUAAACAUGGCUUACAAAUUUUAAUUU